AUGCCAGCCUGCAAUCUCCGGCGUCUGAGGGUCACCGAUCAGUUCGGAGCGGUAGGAUGGGGUGUAGUGAUGAAGGAUCAACCCAAGGAGAGCAGCAAUGUUGAGGGGUCCUCUUAUCGUAUUGGAGUGGUCAAGUACUUCACUGUGAAAUGGAGAAGGUACUAUAUUCAAUUCAUCGAUGCGAGUGCUCCCGAGCUGGAGGCUCUACGACCAUUGAAGCUCCCCUCGUUACGGGACGCCAAGGAGCUCGCGGAGUCACUGGCCAUCUCACUCACUCAUGGGGAUAUUCAGCUGUCGAGGAGCGCUACUGACAGGCAUUGGCUGGACCCUGAGGAUAUGCAAAUCUAUGUACUAUCAGAUUUGAAGGUGUGGGAGCGUCCCGAUGAGCUGCAUCAGCGGAAACCUCCAAGCUCGCCUGGCGAGAAGGAAAAGAGUUGGUAUGCUUGUAGCAUAUGUGGGUAUCAAGUGCCGAAAGGGAGUAUACGAUGGGCCAGAGAUGCAUGCUGCCAGGGGAGUGGGCACCCGAACUCUUCAGAGCUCAAGGGGUCCCCACGGUCUUGUCCGACCCCAGAAGAAGAUGACGACCGUCAGCAAGCCUUACGGAGAUUCCACAGCGCUCUGGGUACUGGUGACACGCUCAUGAAGGACUCCGAUGAAGACUACCCGCCCUUGGGAGGAUUGGCAUCGACUGGAAUCGGGGAACAGAUCAAAACUGAACCGGAGGAGCAAGCGGACAGCAAGGACGAGGAGUCCGUCCAGCCAUUGCAGUGCUGUAAUUGCCGAAGUGUCUUUCAUGGCGACUGUCUACUGCCGCAUGAGAAGCUCCUCCCACCCGACGGGAUGGACGAAGGGCUGCAGUUUAGGAAUCUAGACAUGUAUCUGCAAGGAGUGGCCACAGCAGUGCCCGAGCUACUGCCAAAGGGUUGCCAUGACCUGCACGCCUUUUCCAAAUACUGCUGCGAGCCCCUUGGGACAUACCCGACCAACUGGGACAAACUGUCCUUGGUUAAGCUCUUCGGCUGUCUGGAAUACCAUCUUCCAUCCAAGAGCUGUAGAUACUGUCCCGUGUGUCUGCGUGCAUGGUCCACUGUAUGGUGUGACGAUAUGGUGCAGUGUGACGGCUGUGAGUUCUGGGUACAUGCCAAAUGUGAUAACUUCACUUGCAAAGAGCAGUUCACAGAGCUCACUGACAAGGACGUGAAAUACUUCUGUCCCAUCUGCCGAGAUAGCACUUCAAAAUCCAAGUACAUAAGAGCACUAGAUCUACUUAAAGCUCUCGACAAGUCACAUCUGUUCAGCGAGCCCGUGAAUGCAGCCUUCGCUCCGCUGUAUUUGAGGGUAGUAAAGAAGCCUAUGAAUCUCCGUAAGAUGAGGCAAAAAGCGGAGGCUCACAUGUACCCGUCGGUCCAGGACUUCGUGGAUGAUUUCGAUCAAAUCAUCGCUAAUGCUAAGCUCUUCAACAUGCCUAACACGCAGACCUACAAGAUUGCCGAGCAAUUCGAAAAGAACGGUAAACUUGUCUUGGAGCGGUAUCUCUUGAAAGUAGCGGGAGCAGCUGGGGUGGCCAAGAUCGUCAAUGAAUCACCGUCCUCGCCAGCACUGCCCAUCGACGUUGCAUCGAUUGAGGGAUCUGACAAAUCGGCCAGGACUCGGCGGUCCACAAGGAUCACCACCAAGCCUGGGACUGAUGGACCGUCUCCUUACAAGCAGCGGCUGAAGAAACCUAGGAAGGCUCCAUCUAGUUCGACUAGACUACUCUUGUCGCCCUCAAUAUCUCCAGCCUCCCUCAUCAUCACAGACCCAAGAAUACUGGACCUGAUCGCUCUGGUGCCUCUGUGCAAUCGGCUUAUCUCAGUUGUCUACGUCUGUCCCCCCGUCCCCACUGGCAUACCCCUGUGGAGCCCUUGUCGCGCCCAAUUUCAUAGUUCCCUGUACAGGAUCCCCUACUUGUUCACGGUCGUUGGCUUCUCUUUGAAUGCUGUGCUAUCUAGGGUGGCAGGUCUACCAGACAAGAAAAGCUAUCACUGUCCUGGAUGUAACCGUUGUCCGUAUUGUGCCCAAAUUUGCAGCAAGUCUCUGAGCAAUGAUCCUACUGAGCUCGCAGCCCCCAAGAUGAUGUGUGUGAAGUGCGGUAUCAUAUGGCACAGCAAAUGCCGAGAUCGCUGGGUCAAGAAGACAGCCUCGUCUGAUAAGCUCGGUGACUGGCUCUGGGAUGACAAAUUCAUCAUGUGCGACCAGUGUGCUGCUGAGCAAUACAAAGUGUCCUUCAACGCCUCCCGUCGGUGCCUAGCGUGCAACGGUACCAUCAUCGACGGAACGGCUUCAAAGAAGACCUGCAGCUCUAAAAUCUUGUGCCUUAUAUGUGGUGGAAGGUGGCACAGUAAAUGCAUCCCCGAGUUCCGAGAUCUCACUAUGAUAUCGAUACCAGACUAUAUCUGCGCCCAGUGCCUGGCCGAUACGCCGAUGGAUGAGCUGCCUCGGAGGCACACCAGCAACGACCAGACCCCGACUACCACUGCCUCGGAUACUGAAAUCGCCAAGAGCCUGUCGUCGGAGCUGAUAAGUAUUCGGAAUCGUCACGCUGCAUGUGCAGAGCGCUCACGGAUGCUCGAUGCCUUGGCUGGUCGCCACAACAGUGGACUGUUGAGGAAGCUCCCGAAGCACUUGGAGCCUGCUCUGCUGCAGACUAUGGCGUUGGCUGGGGCCACUUCUGGAGGAAACGCUGGCACCACGCCGAGCGUCAUCGGUGAGGAUUGUGAGGACUGGCUUGUGCGGACCAUGGGACAAGACGUCUUCAUGCCAAGAAGGGCCACGAAGGUCUCCGGGAAGACCUCGCCAACAGUGUCCACUCCCCAAGAUGCGUUGAUAGCACAACGGCUUCUGGCUGCUAGGGACAUUCUACAGUGGAUCGACACUCAAGACUCCUCGACUGACCAUACUGGGCACGACUCGAGUCCUUCUCCAGUGAGGGCCGAGACGGUGAUGGAGGAACCCCUAGCAUUGGUGCAGCGGUCGUGGUGGCUCCAGCAGGGACGGGAUCCUGCUGUGCUCUUGCUGAAGAUCAUUCAUAAGACGCUCACCUCAGUUGACAAGGGAUACAUUGGAGCCUUCCUACUGCUUACAGAGUCCAGCGCGGUACCCAGUCAUUGGAACGGCGAUAUCGAAAGCCAGUGUGCCCAUACCCGUCUGGGAGUGAGAGUGGUCCGGCAUAACUAG